CCCAAAGCUUCUUGCAGGCGGGAAGGCUGAGGGAUGAAAGGGAAGAGAAUCGGGUUGCGGAGGAGACGGGGCAAAGACCCUCCAAAUAAAAGUGCUGCUGCACUUGUCUUGACUUUAGAUGCAGCUUUUGUGGAAGACUUGGAUGACUCAUUUAAAGACAAUCGUAAAGAUGACAUUUGGCUUGUAGAUUUCUAUGCACCUUGGUGUGGCCAUUGCAAGAAAUUGGAGCCUGUAUGGAAUGAAGUUGGUAUAGAGAUGAGAAGCAGUGGUUCUCCAGUAAAAGUUGGGAAGAUGGAUGCGACUUCCUAUUCUAGCAUUGCCUCUGAAUUCGGAGUUCGAGGUUAUCCAACAAUUAAGCUCUUAAAAGGUGAUUUGGCAUACAACUAUAGAGGACCUAGAACCAAAGAGGAUAUAAUUGAAUUUGCUAACAGAGUAGCAGGGCCUCUUAUCCGGCCACUUCCUAGCCAGCAAAUGUUUGAACAUGUGCACAAGAGGCAUCGUGUACUUUUUUUGUAUGUUGGUGGGGAAUCUCCUUUAAAGGAGAAAUACAUAGAAGUUGCUUCAGAACUAAUUGUCUAUACAUACUUUUUUUCUGCCUCAGAAGAGGUGCUACCUGAGUAUGUGACACUUCCUGAAUUGCCUGCUGUUGUGGUCUUCAAAGAUGGAACUUACUUUGUAUAUGAUGAAUAUGAAGAUGGUGAUCUAUCAUCUUGGAUAAACCGAGAGAGAUUCCAAGGGUAUCUUAAUGUAGAUGGGUUUACACUCUAUGAACUUGGAGAUACAGGAAAACUUGUGGCUAUUGCGAUUAUUGAUGACAAAAACUCUUCAGCUGAGCAUACCAGGCUAAAGUCUGUUAUUCAAGAAGUCGCUAAAGAUUACAGAGACCAUUUUCACAGGAACUUCCAAUUUGGCCAUAUGGAUGGUAACGACUAUAUUAAUAGCUUACUAAUGGAUGACUUGACAAUCCCCACUGUUGUCGUAUUGAACACUUCCAACCAACAGUAUUUUCUACCAGAUAGACGCAUUGAGAGUACCGAAGACCUGGUUCAGUUCAUUAAUAACAUCUUAGAUGGUACAGUCGAAGCACAAGGUGGUGAUGGGUUUCUGCAACGAAUCAAGAGAAUAAUUUAUGAUGCCAAGUCUACUGUAAUGUCUGUAUUCAAGAGUUCUCCACUUCUGGGCUGCUUUCUCUUUGGUCUGCCACUGGGUGUCAUCAGCAUCAUGUGUUAUGGAAUCUGCACAGUUGACAGCUUUGGAGGUGUAGAGGAAAAUGAGACAUCUAAAAAAGAAACUGGAGAUAGGGAACUUACAGAUGAAGGCAGUGAGGAAGAACAAGAGCAGGAAAACAAAGAAAAAUCUGCAGAAAUUUCAGAUGGAGAACAUGGACAGAAACAUAUAUUUGAUAAGAAACAAGACUAAGUUGCCUAGUUUAAAGGAUUCUGUAGAAUUUCAAAAUAGCCUUAUUUAUUGAAGUCAGUCAUUUAAUGAUGAUCUUCACAGAAGAGGACCUUUUGUCUGUAUUUUGCUAGUUUUGACUUGCAUGUAUUCAAAUCUUCUUAUCAAAUACGGUCGGGGGGAGGGUGGGGACCUGAACGCUUUCUUAAUUAUUUUUGAUUAACAUUUUAUUAUUCUGAGUGUUGUCUCUGAAGAUUAAUGCUCCUAAACUGUUUGUUCACAGGCAACAAUCAGGUAAAAUAUGCUAUAGGCCUUGCUACACAUGAUGAUCUAGUAAUGUUGUGGCUGACAUAUGUCAGGAUCAUCUUUUUAUAUGAUCAUCUUUUCCAGAAGUGGAAAAAUUGCAGGAAAGCUUAGAAUGAAAUAGGUAAAUCUUACAGACCCUUUGAAAUUAUGAUGGCUAAAGAUGGCUUGGGCUUUCCAUAAAGACACUUUUAUAUUAGCUUCUGCACAUUAUUUUGAAAGAAAUACCUUUUUUAUGUUUUAAAGUUAAAGAUAAUUUGUUAUUAAUUACAGAAAUGCUUUGUUAUAUGGCAGUACUAAAAUCAAUUACUGGCAGCUUUCCACAGAACUUGUGUUAAAUGCAAGACCUAAGCGAGAGUUAUUUAUUAUAAUAGUUCCUUACUAACUAAUAUUUUAAACAAGAAAAAAUUGUUUGGGGACUGCAUUAUAAAGAAGUUUUGUCAUGGGAAAGUCAGUCCUGAUUGGGCUUUACAAGUAAAACUUACUAUUUUUUUCCUAGUGUAAAUUAUCUACAGAUUCUGAAAAAUCUGGGUGAAGCUUGAUGGUGGAAGAAUAAAUAUAAGCAUCCUCAGACAGCUAAUCCUCUCAUACAGAUCUGUAAUGACAGUCUUUAACCCAAAUACCUUUUCAAAACUUUUUUUGAAUGGUUUAUGAUUCACAAUAAUCUUAGGCUAUGUCUACGCUGGAAGAAUUUUUUCACCAAGACCUUAAAGAAAACCGCUGUUGUGUGUUCACCUUGCUUUCCACUGGCGGGAUAGCAUGCUCACACUUGCGGCACUUGCAUCGCCAGUGAGAGCAGUGCAGUGUUGGUAGCUAUCCCACAGUGCAGCUCUCCCCCUUCUGCCGCUAGGUCUUGUGGGAAGGCGGAGGGGAUCGCGGCGCAAUAUGGGUCAGGGUUCAAUGCCCCGUGAUACACUGCUUUCUGUCUCAGCAUUCCAUGUGAUUCGGUCUUCAGUUCACGGCAUUUUUCAAUGUCCCUUGUUUUCUGCUUUCCCCGCCACAUCUAUCUGCAGGAAUGUAUUCUGCACUGCUCUCCACUGCUCUGCUAGCUCUCAUUAGCACGUCGCGAGUGGCAGUGGCGUUAUAACGGCAGUGGCAGUCACAAUUGCCUGACGUAGUGUCCGACAUGCAAAGCAGCAACAUUAGAUUGUUUCUGACAUUCACAGAGGAACUGAACACAGUGGAACAUCACUUUUGGGCUCGGGCAACUAGCACAGAGUGGUGGGAUCGCAUCGUUAUGCAAAUCUGAGAUUAUGCACAGUGGCUGCAGAACUUUCGGAUGCUCUGGAACUGUGGGCUGAGCUCGCCCCAGCCCUGCCGUGCAAGGACUCCCGAGUGAGAGCUGCCCUCUCAGUGGAGAAGCGCAUGGCAAUCGCAGUGUGGAAACUGGUGACUCGGGAACCAGUUUGGAAUGGGGAACUCGACUGUUGUUCCUGUGUUAAUGCAAGUGUGCAAGGCCAUUAAUCGCAUCCUGCUGUGAAAGACCGUGACUCUUGGCAGUGUGUGUGAAAUUGUGGAUGGUGUUGUAGAAAUGGGUUUCUCUAACCGUUGAGGGAAGAUAGAUGGCACGCAUAUUCCAAUUCUGGCACCAGACCACUUUGCGAUCAAUCAGAAGGGAUACUUCUCCAUGCUUUUUCAGGCACUUGUGGAUCACUGUUGGCAUUUCACUGACAUUAACGUGGAGUGAUCCAAAAAGAUGCCUGGCGCAUGUAUAUUUAAGAACACUGGCCUGUACAAAAAGCUGCAAGCAGGGACUUACUUUCCAGACCAGAAUAUCACCAUAGGGGAAGUCAGAAUGCCCUUAAUGAUCCAGGAAAACCCAGCGUACCCCUUAAUGCCAUGGCUUAUGAAGCCAUACACGGGAAACCUAGAUAGCAGUGAGGAGCAGUUCAACAGGCUGAGUAGGGGCAGAAUGACCGUUGAAUGUGUGUUUGGCCGAUUAAAGACGCACUGGCGAUGCCUAUAUGGCAGGUUAGACCUGUAUGAGGAAAAUAUUCCCAUGGUUAUUGCUGCUUGUUGUUCGCUGCAUAAUAUUUGUGAAGGGAAGGGCGAAUGGUUUACUCAGGGGUGAACUGCCAAGGCAGAAUGCCUGACUGCUGAUUUUGAGCAGCCGGAUACCAGGGCUGUUAUGGGGUGUAACAAGAAUCAGGGAUGCCUUGAGGCAACACUUCGAAGAUGAAAACCAGUAAUUUUGUUGCUAUGCUUGGGACUGCAAUGAUUAAUUAAAUUUCAUAUGCUAGCAAGCAGUUGUGAUUAAGACCUAGGAUUCAAUGUAAGAAUCAUAGAAUAUCAGGGUUGGAAGGGACCUCAGGAGGUCAUCUAGUCCAACCCCCUGCUCAAAGCAGGACCGAUCCCCUGUAGUUAGUAAGGAACUAAUAAAAGUGCCUGUUGACUUGGAGGUGCCAUGAGGUAUCAUACCUUGCAUGGAAACAAAUAAAGAGUGCUCAUAAUUCAAAAACCUUUGCCUUUAUUGCCAAAUAAACCACAACACCAUAUGGACACACAUACACAGGCACGCUGUUGGGCAAGGGGGGGGAGAGGAAGGGGGCUGAUUUUCAUAGCUGAGUAUAGGUCCAGCUUUCAUUUGAAAAGCUGUGUGCGAGGGUGGCGUGUUGAGGAAAGUGCAAAGGAAUGUGUAGAGAUAGUUUGGGGAGUGCGUGAGAAAGUGUUCUGAAUGUGAUAAAGGGGAAGGCGGCCACGCAUCUGCUCAGUCUGCAGUGUUACAAGAGUCUGGAGCAUGUUCAUUUGACGGUCCAGAACUCCAGCCUCUCUGUGGCAUCCCUAUUGUAAGAAUCCCUCUCUUGUCUUUCCUGCUUUUCGCUUUCCCUCCACUUCUUGCGUUCAGUGUUUUCUGCCUCUGACUGCUGCAGCACCACCUCGAACAUAUCUUCCUUAGUCCAUCUCGGCCAUUUCCUUAUCUUGCGCAGAUGCUCUGCUGCUGUUGGGGGAGGGCGGGGAGGGGGGGCUGGUUCUCAAGGUCAAGUCUGGAUAGGCAUAAUUAACAAUAAACAGAAGCACUAUUGUCAACUACACACAAAGCAUUGAAACAGUAAGCAGGGGCCUUUUUUAUUGCAGAAAAGCAAUCUGAAAAUGUCGUGGGGCACUUAUAGGGGCAACACUCUAAACUUUCCCACCAUUUUCCGUAGGUGGUGGUCACUAUGGAUAUCUCACUCCUGAGGGGAAGCAGGGAAGCAAGGGUGGAUCUGCUACAUGCUUGCGGAUUCCGCCCUGUUCCCUGUGUUGCUUGCCUGGGCGCUUCCUGUCCAAGUAAUUGCAGAGUGGCGAGGGAAAGUGUCUCUCAAUGGGAGAAGGAACAAAGCAGCUCUGCCAAGGAACCUCCGGCAGAGGAUUGCUGAGUACCUCCAGGAAAGUUUCCUAGAGAUCUCUCUGGAGGUUUCCCAUGAAAUCUUGGCAUGCAUCAACUCCCUGUUCCACCGUACUGCCUAACUGUGCGGGGAAAUGCCCGGCACACAGAAACAAAGCCAGCUUUCUACAUUUUUCUGCUCUCAACCCACUUCAGAACUUCACAAAGCAAAACCACUUACCAGGGGUCUUCUCUCCCACUUCUGGCUCACCAGAGAGCAACUGGAGUGGAGGACAACUCCUGACUGGACGUAUCAUUUGGCUCCAUAUCUUCAGCCUUCACCACUUCAUCAAUGACCUCCUCCUCCGGGUUAGGUCCAUUUCCCACUGGCUCAAGACCCGCCAAAGUAUCCACGUUGUUUUUUGUGGUGGAGGUGGGCUUGCCACCUAGGAUAACGUCCAACACCUUAUAAAAACAACAGGUCUGGAGCACAGCACGGAGCGACAGUUUGCCUCCCUUGUCUUGUGGUACGCGUUCCUCCGCUCCUUCACCUUUGCUCUGCCCUGUAGUGUGUCCUGGUCAUAUCCCUUUUCAUGCAAGCUGUGUGCAAUCUGACAAUAGGUAUCGAAAUUGCUACAGAUGGGGCCCAGCUGGGACUGGACAGCCUCCUCCUCCCCCGAAACACUUAUCAGAUCCAGUAGCUUUGCAGUGGCCCAGGCAGGAGAUGGUUUUCUGUGUGGGGCCACCAUGGUCAGCUGGGAAAAUGCAAUGUGAGCUCUGCAUGCCGAGCAAACAGGAAGGGGAAUUUCAAAAUCCCCUGGGCUUUAAAGGGGGAGGGGCAGAAUGUUGUUUACCUGGCAUCAGGGCAGCAGAGUUGAAACUGCCGACCAGAGUGGUCAGGAUGAGCAUUGUGGGACACCGUCCGGAGGCCAGUAACAGCGCUAAAAUCAAGCACAGUGUCUACACUGGCACGAACGGGCUAAAGUCUCGGCGCAAAAAGGCCUAAAACUCUCAUUGGGGUGGUUUUAUAACAGCGUUGCAACUGAGGAGUUUCGGGGCAAGAAGUGGCUUUACAGUAUGUACGCCUCUGCUGUUUUGUUGCCAAAAGCUGCCUUUUGGUGAAAAAACUUGGCAGUGUAGACCAGGCCUUAAGUGUAGAUUGUGACUUAUUUUUAAAGAGAAAAACAUUUUUAUUUAAACACACAUUUUUGAACACGGAUUGGUGUUGAUACUUACAUUUGAAAUAGCAUUUGACUACAAGUUGUAGACUGUGGAAGGAAAGUUAAUGGAGCCAUUGUUAGCACUGAUAGAGGGAUAUUUGUCAGUGGAAUGCAUUUUUGUGAGCUAUUUAACCAUGAAAGUCAUUUUUAAUACAACCCCAUGACACCGAAUGGGACUAAAUUUUCUCCAGAGUUGAGAUCUCAAGGGAUAAGCCACAGAACAACCUUUGGUUUUUUUGGUUGGCAUUGAUGCCAUGGAGAUUACCAUAGCAACCAAACUUAUGCUGCUCUUUCUCUCAGUACUGAAACUAUAUAAGAUUCAGUUGGAUAGUGAGCCAUGAGCUUUUCUAGCUUUGAUGUUUUUAAAGGACAUAUUAUAAUAUAAUACGUAUAGUAAUGUUUUCUAUAUAAGGCAAUUUAAUCACUUAAUAUAUUAUAUGCUAUAACACUGAAUUAAGAGAAAUAUUUCUAAAUAUAAAUAUGGAUAAUCUUAAAUAGAAGAUUUUGUGUUGGAAUUAGUCUGCAGGUAAAUUGAAUUUGGGAUAGCAACUGCUGCAUUCUUUUCUCUGUUGUAAAAGAAAGUUGGUUCUUCUUUUAAAAUAGUUUAGUAACACCUGGCUUUGUACAUAAGCUGCAGUGCAGAACACAACAAACUAAAUGCCUGACUUGAGAGACUUUGCAGUGGAAGAUGAGUACAUCAUGGAGAUUAAUAACUUAUUUUCAGAAAGCUCAUUGGUUUUCGUUGAGCUGUGCUAAUUGACAAAUUUAGAAUCCUGCAUUUUCAUUUUCUUUAGGAAAGAGAUUCUCCUACUGUCCGUGCUUGAAAUGAAUAUCUUCCUGUAGAACAGAGAAACAGGAGUACUUUUACUUAUCAAAUAUAAAAAUUGCAGGUGUGUAGUAUGGCUUUUUUGGCCUGCCCCAGGUGAAUUUCCUCUUUCUAUUUAUAAUAGAAUAAAUAUAUUUUAAAUUUGGGUAGUUUGGUUGUAAAUAGAAAAUUGAGUUAUCUUUCUAAACACUUUUUUUUUAAGCUGUGGAAGACUUUCCAGACCUUUUAGUCUUAGUUGUCUUAUAUUUGAAGAGUGAGAUGCUUGUAGUUACUUUAUAUUUUGUUUCAAAACUUCUUUAAACAUAGUGCAGGUGCAGUUUUGUUAUGUUACAAAACACUCCACUUAAUAGCAGGCCACUUGAGCUUCCAGUAACUUUCAAUGCCGGCACAACUCAGUGCUAAAUAAUCAGAAUGAGUCUGAGCAAUGAGGAAUAUCUUGCUGCUUUAUCCAUUAUUUGUGAUUCUGCCUUUUUAUUCCGCUGUGGAGGUUUCAGUUAAGAUAUCAGUCUUUUCAGUUAGUUAUUUGAGCCUGAAUGUAUAAUUUUGUACAAGGUCAAAAAUUAAAGUGGCUUUUUUGGGACUUCACUGGUCAUUGUGUUGUGUUUAGAAAAAUCUAGAAUUUUUUAAAAUCUCCCUCCCUUCCCCCAGAAUGCUGUUACAUAGAAUUCAGUUUUAACCACCACCCCCAUAUGAUUUAAUUUUCCAUAGUCGUCUUUUAUCAAUAGUUUCUGUUGCUACAAUAGUAGCCAAACACUUUGUUGAGAAAUGGUCUAGUGAGAGAUGGAACCUGGGGAUGAUACCUACGUGCACCAUGAAGGAUAGGACUCACUGGUAUGGAAGUAACAAACUGCCAAAUUUCUGGUGGUUUGAUCAGUUAGAGUUAAUAGAAGGGCAUGUGUCUGUCAGUCACUUUAUGAAUUGUCAGGAUAACCAGAUGUGUACUAACCUACAGAAAUCCAAGCUUUAAAUGCACUGCUAUUUUCAUCAGGCUGUGCUCCCAGCUGUGUCCGCCUAGGAUGUGGAAAGCCACACACAAUCUUCUUCUAUUUAAAAUUCCCUUUUUAGCUUGAAACAUGGGUAAAGACAGGCUUGUGGUGUAAAAUGAAAGGAUUUUCGUUUGAUCAUGUAAAGAACUUAGUAAACUGAGAGGGGGAGAGGGUUUGCUAUUUUAUCUUGAAUGGAUGCAUUCUCUAAAGGUUUCUGAAGAUAACUUAAUGUACUAACUUAUUGAAUUAAUGAAAUAAUGCUGCCUUUGAGGUCAAGUGUAAGCCUUUGUUUUCCUACAAUAAAGAAAUUGAAAAGAU